UUUCCCCCAGCCGAAGUUAAAAAAUAAAGAAGAAGAAUAGGCUCCGCGGUUGUGACGAGCUUUAUCGACAUUAACGUUUUGUCUUUGAAUCGUUGAGGAAUAUAGUCAUUAUGCCAACAAUUAAGCUUCAAAGCUCCGAUGGAGAGAUGUUUGAAGUGGAUGUUGAAAUCGCGAAGCAAUCUGUGACUAUAAAGACAAUGUUGGAAGAUUUAGGCAUGGAUGAUGAAGGGGAUGAUGAUCCCGUCCCUCUUCCAAAUGUGAAUGCGGCCAUCCUCAAAAAGGUAAUUCAGUGGUGCACGCAUCACAAAGAUGAUCCCCCACCCCCUGAGGAUGAUGAGAACAAAGAGAAGAGGACAGAUGACAUUCCUGUGUGGGAUCAGGAGUUCCUCAAAGUGGACCAAGGCACACUCUUUGAACUCAUUCUGGCUGCAAAUUAUUUGGACAUCAAAGGAUUGUUAGAUGUCACCUGCAAAACAGUUGCAAAUAUGAUUAAGGGUAAAACCCCAGAAGAAAUCAGGAAGACGUUCAAUAUUAAAAACGACUUCACAGAGGAAGAGGAAGCUCAGGUGGUGGUUCUUAGAUUCAGCUACCUUUGUGAUCAACAGGAGGUACGCAAGGAGAACCAGUGGUGUGAAGAAAAAUAAAGUUCAUCCAGAAAAAUCACACUGUAAGGAUUGUUCCAAAAUACACAUUUACUGGUUGCACUGCGUUAUUCAUACUUGUUGAUAUUUACCAGUAGAAUUAGACCUUGUGUAUUGAUAGCAUGAUUAUCUUCAUUGCUUGUCUAGUGAAAAAGAGAAUAUAAUUUAAGUGGUAUGUUUUUGUUCUUUGUAUAUUCAGCAGAAAUAGUCUUUUCACCUCAAAGUAGAAGGCCCCCCCUGGCGUGUGUGUGGGGUUUUUUUUUUUUAAACUACGUACAACAUUUUUUUUUUUUUUUUUUUUUUAAGAAAUGCAGACUUGUGUAUGUGGACUUUCAAGUACAGAAAGGUGGAAAAAAUCUGAUGGAUGGCUAAAAUUUUCAGCUUGACCUGUGGACUGGAAGUACUUGUUAAAUGUGUUCUCUUGGAGCAUGGAUAUGUAUGUUGCCUCUUAGAACAUUGUAAAGGAUCAAAUAACAUUUCUUUGUCUUAUUCUUAUGACAGCAUAUAACUAUCUUUGAGUUCAAAAAAUAAAACUAGCAAUGUGUGCUGUGUUUGCAUGUGAA